ACUAAAAAGUCAUAAUUUUUGUUUGAUGGAGUCACAAUUCAAUUAUGUAUACAUUUUUCUUUAAAAUUUGAGACUGCAUUAAUGGAGGAAUCUGUGAGAAGAAAAGAAAGAUUGAAAGCAAUGCACUCAGAAGCUGCACUAGUUGAUGUUCCUAAUGAUGUUGAGACUUCUGGGGUGCCUGGUCAGCUCUCUAAUCCAAUGAUUGAAACCUCCUCAAUGCAAGAGGAGUUCCUAGCUAAUUCACGGUUUGAUUUUUACACCGACCCUAUGGCAGCCUUUUCUGCUAACAGGAAAAGGGGCAAGGUUGAUGGCCAAGGCGGGCAAGAUUAUUUUACACCUCCAAAUACUAGUGGUUGGCGAGGGGGACAGCAUUCAUCACCCCUUCCAGAAUGUACCAAACGCAAAGCCCAUACAGUAGGACAAGUCCUCUACCCAUGCAUCAAGGAACUCCUGAUGCUUGGAAUGGGUCCAGAGGCAAAACUAACUAUUACAACAAUCCUCCCAUUGGAAGCGCAUGGGGAUAUAUCAGCCCUUCCUCCUUUUAUUAGGGAGCCCCUAGACCCUGGUAUGGAGCAGGAGAUGCAGGGCAGGUCUCAAUUUGGCAACAAUCUAAUCUAUGGUUCAGUUCACAGAGGAAGUACUGGUUCUUUUUCUGGAGGAGGCAGCAGGGGCAAUGGCUAUGGCAACAGUCCUAAUAUAGGGAGGGGUGGCAGACAAGGGCCAGGAUUUUAUCGCCAUAACUUGUCAUCUGACAGAACUCCAGGGGCAGAGCGUUUUUAUCAUGAAUCCAUGUUGGAAGAUCCUUGGCAGCAUUUGGAACCUAUUUUAUGGAGGAAGCAAGGCAAUGAAAUGACUAACCCUUGCUCUUCAAAUUCCUGGCUUCCAAAAUCUAAUAGUGUGAAAAAGGAGAAAGUUCCAGAACCCUUCAACAAGUCCAGUUCUCAACCAAGCCUUGCAGCAUAUCUUGCUUCCUCGUUCAACAAAGCUGUUAAGGAUUCACCAAGUGAAUGAUAAUUAUUAGAGUUCCAAAGAACAAUUCAUGCAUUUAUUUGCAACAGAUUAUCAUGUGGAGGACAUCUAUAGCAAUAAUCUAUACCUUUGAUAACUAGAUUCCAGUUAAGAGUAUUCGCUAUUUAGGGUUCAUGCUUAGCUGCAGGCAACGGUGAGGUUUCAUAAACUACCUUCAGAAAUGUAGUUCUUGUAGGCUAUUGUAUCUAGCAACAUGAGAUCAUUAUUAAAGUGUAAAUCUUCAG